AUUAAAAUCCAGAUUUUUUUCAUUCAUUUUCGUAUUUUUGAUUUAAAAGUAAAGUUUCUUCCUCCAUUACAAUGGAAAAUGUGAUCUGGGUUUUUCAUAGAAAAGAUUGAAAACAAUCAGAGGAUUUUGAUUUUUGAUUUUUUGUUCAUUUGGUGUGUGUGAUGGGUCUGGUUGAUUCUUUGUUUGGAAAAGAUGCAAGGAAAUUUCUCAAAAGGAAAGAUAGUGAUGCUGCAGAAGCAGGUCGAGCUUUGGAAGAACUCAGAAGUUCUUUAUACAAUGAGCUUAAAACAUCAGAAGGAGCUAAACGGCAACAACAGAGAUUUUGUGGCCCUGUUGUUGCAAUGUCCUUCAAUUUCUUUGUUGCUGUUGGAAUCAUCCUUGCCAAUAAAUUAGUGAUGGGAAGAGUUGGAUUCAAUUUUCCAAUCUUUUUAACAUUGAUUCACUAUACUGUUGCUUGGAUUCUUCUAGCUUUCUUCAAGUCUCUCUCUUUGCUUCCAAUGUCUCCUCCUUCAAAGACUACACCUUUCUCAUCUCUCUUCUCUCUUGGAGCAGUCAUGGCCUUUGCUUCCGGGCUAGCUAAUACAAGUCUCAAACACAACAGCGUUGGAUUCUAUCAGAUGGCUAAGAUCGCAGUGACACCAACGAUUGUUCUUGCCGAGUUUGUUCUCUUCAAGAAAACCAUUUCUUCCACCAAGGUCAUGGCAUUAGCUGUAGUAUCUCUAGGUGUGGCAAUCGCGACAGUCACGGAUCUAGAAUUCAAUUUGUUCGGCGCAUUGGUUGCUGUUGCUUGGAUUAUCCCAAGUGCCAUCAAUAAAAUACUCUGGUCUAAUCUUCAGCAACAAGCUAAUUGGACUGCCCUAGCAUUGAUGUGGAAGACAACACCAUUUACUGUCUUCUUCUUAUUGGCUCUCAUGCCAUGGCUUGACCCACCUGGAGUUUUGCUGUUCAAAUGGGAUUUAGCUAACUCUUCCGCAAUCCUCGUCUCUGCUCUUCUCGGCUUUCUUCUCCAAUGGUCUGGUGCACUCGCUCUCGGGGCAACGUCGGCAACAUCUCAUGUAGUAUUAGGGCAAUUCAAGACAUGUGUGAUUUUGCUUGGAGGUUACGUUAUCUUCGGCUCCGAUCCCGGUUUCAUCAGCAUCUGCGGCGCUGUGGCAGCUCUUGCCGGAAUGUCUGUCUACACGUGGCUCAAUCUUCCGGGGAAAUCCAUCGAUCACAUGUCAAACAAGCAGCUUCCGAAGCAAAACGUUAACGUUUCAAAACCUAAAGCCGAGGCUGACGACGGAGGAGGAGAGACCGGGGUAACCGUAGUUUCUGUUGACCCUCUUCUCUCCAAGACGAUAACUGCAAAUAUCGUAUAUGAGUCGCCGAUCGAGUUAGAGAUGGGGAUGGGAAGUAACGGCGAAUUGAAGUAUGAGAUCUCCCAGAACGCGUACAUCAAACUCGUUCUCCACUCGCUGCGACACAAGACGGCGGCGGUCAACGGAGUCCUCGUCGGUAGAAUCAGCCCUAAGGACGACGGAGUUGUAGAGAUCUCAGAUUCUGUGCCGCUCUUUCACUCUAACCUUGCUCUCCUCCCUCCUCUCGAGAUCUCCCUCAUCAUGAUAGAGGAGCAUUAUGUGGCUCAAGGUUUAAGUAUUGUUGGAUACUUUCAUGCAAACGAGAGGUUUGAUGACGUUGAGCUCUGUGGUGUGGCUAAGAACAUUGGUGAUCACAUCUCUCGCUAUUUCCCUCAAGCACCGAUUCUCUUGUUGAACAACAAAAAGCUUGAAGCUUUAUCAAAGGGUAAAGAGCGAAGCCCUGUGAUGCAGCUCUGUGUGAAGGAUGCUUCCAAGAACUGGAGAGUGGUUGGAGCAGAUGGAGGAAGCAAGCUACUCUUAAAAGAGCCAUCGGCCAAUGUAAUUUUGUCAGAUUACAUUUCAUCUGAGAAAUGGAAGGACGUCACAGAUGUUGAUGAUCAUCUUGAUGAUGUUACCAAGGACUGGCUAAACCCUGGACUUUUCAACUGAAGAUGGGUAUGCGAUAUAGCUAAAUUAGACUUUUGCUUUCAUCAUCUUCAGUCGAAAAACAAAAAAUUCUCGGUGAC